AUGGACGACAAAGAUCCAUUCUGGCAGCGACUGGAAGGCUCAAACCAGUACCCAGAGUCUCCCGGCGCACAGAAGCUCGUAGAGGAGUAUAUUGCCAAGAUUGACGAACUGGCGCAGCGAUUUAUGCAUCUAGUGGCAGAAUGUCUAUCCUCCCCGGAAGAUACGUUCGAUGUCUUUCAAGGGAAGAUGAGUCGGUUCAAGGCGUUGGCCCGCAUAAAGAUUCCGGGCCUCUUCACCUUCCUGUCGCAGGAUAAUACCGUUGAAGGCAAUCUGGUCAUCAAAAUCCAGCAAGGAUUCGAAGCUAUUACUGGUGGGGUUUGUGCCGCCACCACCCACCGGGUGACUGCGCCCACUUCUCAAACCCGAUAUAGUAAUCCAUUUUUCCUAGAUGUGAGGCUUGAUUUGACCUUGGACGAGCUCAAGCAGUCCGCAUCCCACAUUGUCCGUCGCAUCCCCGCUUCGGACGAUCGGAAGAAACGUGCCGUCGACGUUCCCAGCGAGUUUCUGUCGCGGCUAUACUCCUGCUUUGGCGAGGCGCAUUUGAGAAACCGGAUCCUCUGCCACCCGGACGUUGGCAAACAAUGGUACCCCGAACUAUACUCUCGGUAUUCUCAGCAACCCCGACAGUAG